AUGUCGGGGGAAAAGCGACCUGCCCAAGAAGCCUUUGGCUCAUCGAACCAGCUUGUCGUCAAGCGAAAGAAGUCCGACGCCGGUCUCAAUGAUAGCACAGCCAUCGUCCAAAGCUCGUCGCAAAAUGGGGCUUUGAUUCAAUCAGUUCCCCGCACCAGCGGGCUUCAAGCACCGAUUAUGGAAAUGAAUGGUCAUUCUGGUGAAAUCUUUUCGGUGCGGUUUGAUCCCACUGCCCAGCACAUUGCUUCGGGCUCAAUGGAUAGAUCUAUCUUGCUUUGGAACACAUACGGACAAUGCGAGAACUAUGGUGCGCUAUCAGGUCACCGGGGAGCAGUUCUUGAUCUUCAAUGGUCGCGCGACUCCAGAACGUUAUUUUCCGCAUCGGCCGACAUGACGCUCGCUAGUUGGGAUCUCGAGACCGGACAAAGGAUACGCCGGCACAUUGGGCACGAGGAGAUUAUCAAUUGUCUUGACAUAAGCAAAAGAGGCCAGGAAUUGCUGGUCAGCGCAAGUGACGACGGCUGCAUAGGCAUCUGGGAUCCCCGGCAAAAGGAUGCCAUCGAAUAUCUGGAAACUGAGUUGCCCAUCACGGCGGUGGCGCUUUCGGAGGCGGGUAACGAAAUCUAUAGUGGUGGUAUUGAUAACACUAUUCAUGCUUGGGAUCUACGGAAGAAGGGCAUCGUCUACUCCAUGGCGGGACACACGGAAACCAUCACCUCUCUCGAAAUCUCGCCCGACUCGCAAACUCUUCUUUCCAACUCACACGACUCGACCGUACGCACGUGGGACAUCCGGCCAUUCGCGCCGGCCAAUAGACACGUCAGGACAUUUGACGGCGCGCCGGUCGGGUUGGAGAAGAACCUCAUCCGGGCCAGUUGGGACCCGAGUGGAGAGAAGAUUGCGGCGGGCAGUGGUGACAGAAGUGUCGUAGUCUGGAACUCGAAGUCCGGCAAAAUUCUAUACAAGCUCCCUGGACAUAAGGGGACUGUCAAUGACGUCCGGUUCUCACCAAACAAUGAGCCCAUCAUUGUCUCGGGAUCGUCCGAUAGAACGCUCAUGCUCGGUGAACUUGGCAAGUGA